AUGGCAGAGUAUGAAAUAUCACCCAUGGACGAUAACAGCGACGACGAUUUCGAAUGGGAGGAAGUGGAUGUCCCGAACCAUGCACCUCAACUGCCAGCGGGCCAGGAGCUUGAGCUCCAGAUAGAAGAUCCGCCAGCGAGGGAAAACAUAGAAAUCACUCUCCUAACGCGUCCAAAGAAAGAUGAUGCCAAAAAGAAGUCCUCAGCCAUAUCACACGCAGAUCGGCUCGUUCGAACAGAGUGUCAUAAACUCCACACUAUCUGUCUCCUUGCAAAUGCACGCAUUCGAAAUCAAUGGUUAAAUGACGAGCUAUUGCAUGCCCGCCUCCUUUCCCUCACUCCGCUCUCUAUACAGAAUGGCUUCGCGAUGAUUCACAAGUCUCGAAUUCCAGACCCAAACAAGCGCGGUCGACUCUUUGAGUCUGCUAUAACACGCCUCGUAGACUGGUGGACAGGUACAUUCUUUUCGGUACUUCCUUCUGGUCAUAUCCGUAGCAAAACUUUUGAUGAAGUUCAAAAAGAACUUUCAAUGUUAACGCCAGACCAAGUACUCGACCUUGAAGACAUUGAUGACGACCUAGAAGUGGUGCGGAGUGAAAAAAGUCUUAUGAAACAUGCGUUGAUGCAACAGGGUUCCCGAGAUACUAGUGCACAGUUGUUCACUGCGCUUUGCAGAGCUUUAGAUAUCCCAGCUAGGUUGGUGGUCAGUUUACAGAGUGUCCCAUGGCAGGCAGGAGUGGGCAAGCCCAAACCUAAGACAGUAAAGAAGAAGGCUGGAAAGGAAGUAGGUAAGGGCAAGGGCAAAGAAAAGGCUGCUGAAGAAGAUCCGGAGGAGGCCGAGGAAGAGGACAUGGAAGAAGUGGAGAUUCCAACUAAGGUAGAUUUGAAGGGAAAAGGGAAGGCAAAUGAUGCGAGUGGAUCACUCCAAGGCAAUGAGCAGAAACUAGACAGAACUAGCGCUGCGGAUCACAAAGGAAAAGGGAAGGAAAAGGCUCAGCCUGUUAUCAAACUUCGCAAGGCAAAAGGCAAAAGUUAUGCCUCAGGUUCUUCGUCCAACCCAGUCUCUCAUCUAAAAAGAAGUAAUCCAUUGACUAUUCCACCUGUAUUUUGGACUGAGGUCUUUUCCCGUGCUGAUUUGCGUUGGCUCCCUGUUGAUCCUAUUCGAGGGAUUGUCAAUAAACGCAAAAUAUUCGAUCCAUUACCGUCCACAUCGGCCGGACCUGCCAGCGCCACAGGCAGGCAGGAGAAUCGCAUGUUAUAUGUGAUUUCCCUCGAGGAAGAUGGCUAUGGGCGCGAUGUCACUCCCCGGUAUGCACGGGACUACACGGCGAAAGUAGCAAAAGUACAAGGGGUCGGUAGUGGUGCUGGAGGUAGGCGCAAAGAAUGGUGGGAGAGAGUAGUGAGGAUAAUUACAAGGCCGUAUCGACUGGAAAGAGAUGACCUUGAAGAUGACGAGCUGCAUAACCAUCAACUGACGGAGGGUAUGCCUACCACAAUAGCCGGGUUCAAGGACCAUCCUCUCUAUGUUCUCGCGCGACAUCUUAGACGCGAGGAAGUCAUUGACCCACCCACUGAGCUUGGCAAAUUCCGUGGUGAGCCCGUGUAUCCGCGGUCAUCCGUCAUCUCCCUUAAAACCGCGGAGAAUUGGAUGAGGCAGGGGCGUAAGGUUCGCGAGGGCUGCCAGCCUAUGAAGAUGGUGAAACAGCGUGCUGCCACAGUUAACAAAAGAAGGGAGAUCGAGUUGGCAUUGGAGAGAGCAAGGGAGGAUGGUAGUGGUGGAGCAGGGGAAGAAGAGAUGCUGCAGGGAAUGUAUGCAAGAAGUCAAACGGAGCUUUAUCAGCCUGAACCUAUCAUUGACGUUGGUGUUAUCUCCUCUCCUCUUUCUGCAUAUCAUCUUACCAAGGUUGUACAGGGCAAAAUUCCCAAAAAUGAUUUUGGGAAUAUCGAUCUAUACGUCCCCACGAUGCUUCCAAAGGGCGGAGCACAUAUUCCAUUCAAAGGUGUUGCCAAGAUUGCAAGAAAGUUGGGCUUUGACUACGCAGAGGCCGUCACUGGGUUUGAAUUUAGAAAGCAAAGAGCCAAUCCGGUUAUUGAAGGUAUUGUAGUAGCAUCAGAGAAUGAAGCCGUUUUAUUGGAGGCAUACUGGGAAGCUGAACAGAAUGCGGAGGAGAAAGCUCGCAUAAAACGUCAGGAACAGGUCCUUAAACGUUGGACGCGCCUCAUACAUGGUCUUAGGAUAAGACAACGCCUUCAAAAACAAUAUGCCACAGAUCCAGAAAGGGAGCAACCAGAACUACAUUGGGUUGACAAGCAGGCUCCGGAGGUUGGAGAAGAGCCCGGUGGAUUCCUCACCACUGCAGAUGAUGUCGUUAAACCUUUUCAGCUACCAAAGUACCAUCAUACUGCCCCUACUUCCUCUUUUGAGCCUCCCCUCGCCGAUCGAGGGGACCAGAUGCUGCAAGAUAGUACUACCGCCACAAUUGACUCAGUUAUGGCUGUUGACGAUCAAGGGCCCUCAUCUGUCGAUCACAGCGCGCUUGAUAUAGACGUUAUCAUUUCUGAUAUCCAGCCUCAGCGCCGAAAUGGUGCACCGAUUACUAUGCGUGAACUGGCUGAGGGCGACGCUAGAAAACAAGAAGUAACGAACAACUCACCAGUGAAAUUUGUUAGCGAUACUGCGACAGCGGAUACUGCGGAAUCCAGCAGAAGCAAUAGUGCAUUGAAGAGUUCACUUGCCACAGCUAGCAAAAAGAAGGGUGACACCAAUACUGCAUCCGCGUCUCGGUCAACCUUGCGCAAGACGGCGAAGAAGAGAGCAAGAGCCGACAGUUUGUCGGAUGAUGAUAGUAAGCAGACUUCACCCCAGAAGAGGGGUCGGAAAUCCGCCACAUCCACCCCUAUUCCUACCCCGAGCAGAGUACUGCGUCCUCGUGGCCCGAAGAGCGCGGCGAAGGUCCAGCAAGAAAUGGAAAUGGAAAUGGCAUACAGAGAAGCAAUAGCGGAAUAG